AUGGCAUCAAUAUCAGUCAAGCAAUUAAUCGAACAGAAUCUCGGAAAAAUCCCACUUUUCUUUAUCAAUGCUGUUCUCGAAUUGAUAUUGAUAAUAAUAUUGAUUAUGGACGGCUUGAUUGCUUUUGCUGCCAAUGAAUUUGCUCGGUUCUUUGAAAUGAGAAUCCCUUGCUUGUUUUGUACGAGGAUUGAUCGUCAUUUGGUUUCCAGAGAUCCUAAUUUUUAUUACAAUGACUCAAUAUGUGAAGCUCACAGGAAAGAUGUUUCCUCCCUUGCAUAUUGCCAUGUUCAUCAGAAACUAUCUGAUACCCGGCGAAUGUGUGAGGGUUGCCUCUUUUCUUUUGCCACUGGGAAUAAGUCCGACUGUGAGAAAUACAGGUCUCUGGUGGGAAUCUUGGGUAAAGAUCUUGAGUGCUCAAUUGAAGAUGAUAAUAUAAUUCAUUUGAGAUUGUCACCUAGAGAGAAGAUGGAUGCUUUACACCAGGUUGAUAAAAGCAACAUUCAUUGGUGUUCUUGUUGCGGGGAACCUCUAAGGAUCAUGUCCUCAUUACAGGGUCUUGUUCAGAGUCUCCCGCCCAAUGUGACUACUGCUUUUCCCCAAACUCCAGAUCCUACUCCCCGAAGUCCAUUAUUAAUCAAGACCAAAAACGAAGAAACUCGUGGCUCUGAUCACUUGCGACAAGUUUCUUUCAAACUAAACACAGAAUUAGAGAUUCCAGUGCAUGAGGAGGGCUCAAGUGCAUUAACUCCAUAUAAUCAAUGUAGGGAAUAUGUCAAAAUUGGCACUGAGGAUCUGAAUGAAGAUGCAUGCAAGACGCCUGCUUUUAUCAGAGGAAAUAGGCUAUUUGGAGUCCCAUUGACAGAUUCAGCAGCAGCUACCCCAAGGUGGAUUCAUAGACUUCAAAGGAGGCUUCCAAUUGAAAAACUGGAAUCAGGUGCAGAGUCCAUGGAGGGAAAUACUAUAAAUGACGCAGAUAGUGAGGCCAUCCUUAAUUACCUGAAGAAAGAGGCACACCUGGAUCGCAAUUCUCUAAUAGCUUUAUACAUGGAACUGGAUGAAGAAAGAAAUGCUUCUGCAGUUGCUGCAAACCAGGCAAUGGCCAUGAUCACCCGAUUGCAGGAAGAGAAGGCAGCAGUGCGGAUGGAGGCUUUUCAAUACCAGAGAAUAAUGGAUGAACAGGCAGAGUAUGAUCAAAAGGCCCUACAAGCUAUGAAAGAUCUACUUAACAAGAGAGAAAUGGAAAUCAGGGCUUUGAAGGCACAGCUCGAGCUUUACAGAGAGAAGGCAGAACAUGGAGUGGCACCUGAUAUUGCUGCCUGCAAGGCACAAGCGGAUGAUGCUUACUGUCAUCCAGCAACUCGGUCUGAUUCAUUAGUUAGCACACGUUCAGUGUGGGGUAGCCCUAGACCUAUCAAUGAAACGGGAAAUUAUGGGAAAAAUGAGCAUUACUAUGCCCAAAGUAGACUAUCACAAGAAGAGAUUGCAAGGAAAUUUAUUAAUGAACCUUUGCUAAAUUUUGAAGGUGAGAAAUUCUAUCCUACGGACCAGUUCAAAACAUUAGAAAACAAGAUUAACUCAUCGUCAAGUGAUGGGGUUCACCAUUUUGUACCUAGCUCCGACAUCAUUAAUCUUAAUGAAGAAGACAAAGGUACUGUUUGA